GAUCCCAUUUCUUUCGGGCGGAUGUUUUCCACUGAGAGCACUUCCGGAUAGCUCCUCUGCUAUCCUCACACUCAAACAGAACCAAUUUCGACUUGUAAAUGUGACAUAGCUGCUUCAAUAUGAUGAACGUUGUGUUAGUAGUCUCUUUUGCUUGUUUUUGGGUGAACGGUGUAAUAACAUCAAGGAUUACCUCGGAGGAUAAUCACGAAAAUGAGCGGGAGUUUGAAACUCUGGACUCCAUGCUGUCGGACUACGAGGUGCUGUCUGUGUCAGGCUUCCAGCUGCACUCUGUGAGAAAGAGGGACGUCCACACCCAGUCCAACCUGGAGCGCCUGGUUAGCUUCAGAGCCCUGCAGAGAAAUUUCAAGCUUUACUUGACCACAAACACUGACCUCUUUACUGACGACUUUAAAGCCGUGUUCGUUGAUAAAAACGGGGAGGAGCAGAAAUACAACGUCUCUCUUCAGAACUAUUUCACUGGACAUGUUGUUGGAGAGGAAAACUCACAUGUGCAGGCACACAUUGACGGAGACGAGUUUUCUGCUCAUAUCCUGAUGGAUGAAGCAGAAUACAACGUAGAGCCCCUUUGGAGGUUCACAAAUUCCCCAGUUGACGGCAGAUUACUGGUCUACCGAUCGCAGGACAUCAAGAACCUGAGCCGGAUUGCUUCUCCUGAAGUUUGUGGCUACAUCCACGCAGAGGCUGACGACCUUUUACCUCAUUCUGCCAGGAGACAGGAAGAACACAAACGUCUGGUUCUUGAAAACGAGCACCAGCACAGAGUGAAACGAGAAGAUCACGACCACAGGAAGAACACCUGCCCGCUGCUGCUGGUAGCAGAUUACCGCUUCUUCGAACACAUGGGCCGCGGCCAAGAAAGCACCACCGUCAACUACCUGAUUGAGCUGAUGGAUCGAGUUGAUGACAUUUAUAGAAACACAACCUGGAAUAAGGAGUUUACAGGCUACGGAGUCCAGAUCCAGCAGAUCAUCAUUAAUAAAGAUCCAACGCAGCCGCCCCCCAACGCCGGUUCUGGAUGGGUCCAUUAUAACAUGAAGAACAGCCCUGUGAAGGACCAGGAUGUCUGGGACGUGAAGAAGCUUCUGGAGCAAUUCAGCUCAGAUAUCGCCGAUGCCGCCUCCAAAGUGUGUCUGGCUCACCUGUUCACCUACCAGGAUUUCGACAAGGGGACGCUGGGCCUGGCCUACGUCGCCCCUCCCAGAGCUCAUCCCCUCGGUGGCAUCUGCUCAGAAGCUUACUACCCAUCUCACACCACCAAGAAACCCAGUUACCUCAACACAGGCCUGACCAGCACCAAGAACUAUGGCAAAACUAUUCUCACAAAGGAAGCGGACCUGGUGACCACUCAUGAGCUGGGCCAUAACUUCGGAGCAGAACACGACCCCGACAACAACGACUGCGCUCCCAGCGACGAGAAAGGCGGCAAGUUUGUCAUGUACCCCAUAGCUGUCAGCGGAGAUCAUGACAACAACAAGCGUUUCUCCAGAUGCAGCAGAGACUCGGUGGCAAAGACGUUGAGCCUGAAGGCUUCGAAAUGCUUCAAGGAGAGGAACAGUAAAGUUUGUGGGAACUCCAGAGUGGAGGAAGGAGAAGACUGUGAUCCUGGGCUCCUACAUCUCAUCAAUGACAGCUGUUGCACUCCAGAUUGCAAGUUCAAACCUGGUGCUAUUUGCAGCGACAGAAACAGCCCCUGCUGCAGGAAAUGCCGGUAUGAGGCAGCAAGAACAAAGUGCCAGGAGCCCAUCAGUGCCACCUGUAAAGGGAUGUCUUUCUGCACAGGUAACAGCAGCGAUUGUCCGCCGCCUGAAAAUGCUCCUGACAACACGGUGUGUGUGGACAAAGGCCGCUGUCGCAACGGAGAGUGUAACCCGUUUUGCGAGGCGGAGCAGAAACUACAGUCAUGCGCCUGCAACGAGACGAGUGAUUCCUGCAAGGUGUGCUGCAAGAAAGACGGGAUCUGCUCGCCGUUCACGCAGAAAAACGGCACUUUCCUUUUCCUUCGCAAAGGCAAACCCUGCACUGUGGGCUUCUGUGACGGGAACGGCAAAUGCAUGAAGCAGGUGCAGGAUGUAAUAGAGAGAUUGUGGGAUUUCAUUGACAAGCUGGACAUCAACACGUUUGGGAAGUUCUUGGCUGAUAACAUCGUGGGGUCAGUCAUUGUGUUUUCCCUCGUUUUCUGGAUUCCUCUCAGCAUCCUGGUUCACUGUGUGGACAAACGGCUUGAUCAGCAGUUUGAAGAAAACGCAAAGAUUUACUUUGCUCCCAGCCAGAUGGUGGAGGUUUGUAAUAAAGCUCCUGCUGCAGACUCAAGACAUGCUGAGCAACCUCGAGUCAACGUCUGUGCGCAUCGUCAAGCAUCAUCAGCCUCCCUCCUCCUCCUCCGCCGGCCGGACCGCCCCCUUCUUCCAGCCCCCACAGCCGCCGACCCAGGUCCGGCCGCCGGCCCCGGCCGCGGCCAGCAGUACCCAGGGCCCCGGCCCGAGCUGCGGCACCAGCCAGGGCAGCGCCGCGGACCUGCGGAUGGCCACCAUCCCGGAGGACACCAGCAACGACUCUCACCUGGCCGAGGAGGCGCGGCCGCGCGAUUUCACAACCGCAGGAGUCUCCUCGUCGGCUACGAAAUCCUCCUACGAGGAUCUGACCGAGCAGAACCCAUCAGCGAAGGAGCGGCGGCGCCUCCAGAGGCAGGAGCGCCUCGAAAGUAAGGAGACAGAGUGCUGAGAGAAUAAUGGCGCCGCCGCCAUAUUGAUUUAGAAAACCUCAAAAAAACACGUGGAAUCAUGUAGGUUAGAUUUGUUGAACGGAACCACUUCUUUGAAGCUGUGGGUUCCUUUUCUGUGCCUUUUUAAGAUCUGGUGUAUUUUGAGGGAUUAAAACGGAAGAGCAUUAUGGCCGCUGGGCGAAUAAAAGGAAUUCUGACUUUAAUGUGAAGAGAUCAAAAGUCAGAAUAUGUGAAAUCAGAAUGCUAAUCUAAAAUAGUUGGAAUUGUGAGAUCAAAAGUCAGAAUUCUUCUUUUUGUUUGGUUUUAUGUUUUUUCAGUGGCCCUUUUCCUUUUCCGUAGAUUAAGGACCAGAUUUUGGACAACCUGUCUCUAAACCUUUACACAUUUCGUCCCAUCAAAACCACAAGCUUCGAUAUGUUUUACUGGGUUUUUAUAUGACAAACCAACACUAAAGGAUGCAUCAUUGUGAAGUUUUAUAAAAAUAAUUUGAAUAAUAGAAAAAGUGUUGUAUCCAUGUGUGUUCAGCCAGUGAUAAUUGUGAAAGAGUUAACCUAAAACAAGCUGCUGUAUGUUCUGGAAAAGUCACACUCAGUUUUGUCUGAUUUCAAGUGUACGAAGAUGUUUUCACCAGACUAAAAAUACUUGGUAAGAUUUUCAAAGAUUUUCUUUUUGCAGUCAAAGUGCUUCACAAAAACACAAACAUAAAAACAAGAAGACACAAGUUGACGGAAAAUGUAGCAGUCUAGUAAAAAAGUCCUUUAAAAUAAACUUUGUCACACCUGACUGAUCUUUAGCUACUUUCCAAAGAACAGGCAGAAAGUCCUGUCCCCCGAUGUGAAAUGCUGGUGGGCAUGUUUAUGAAUAUAAAUGCAUGCCACACUUUUCAGAUUCAUAAAACUUGUCGAUUACAUAAAA